GUCAUUUUAGUCAUAAAAUCUUACGAUGCGUCAGCGGAAGAGGCAAAUCAGUGGGUGGAGAGUGCCACAAAGCUCAAAAACGCUCUACAGGUGAUUGAGUCCGAAAUCCAAGGAAGAAGGGAAAGAGUAGAGAAACGACCAGCCUUAAUAAAUGCAUUUUCGUACUUGCGAGACCCAGGAAGGAUUAAUGGCCUGAAGAAAAAUUUUGACAAAGCAUUAGCAUCAUUUCAGGUUCGGACGAACUUAAUGACUGGUGCCAAAUUAAUGGCCAUAGAACGUCGUCAACAGGACGACAAAAUUCUCGAGAGCCUCCAAUACCCUCAUAUCCCCCUCAGUGUUUCCAAUCAGGCGUGCCUAGAGGGCACCAGGGUUGAUCUCACUGAACGUAUCAUGACAUGGUGUCGCAACACUGGGGAGAGUGAGAAUCGGCUAAUGCUAUUGACUGCUGUGGCCGGUGCUGGCAAGACUUCAAUUGCGCUCACGAUAGCAGAACGAUGUGCCAACGAAGGAGACGUUACUUUGUUACUGCACUUCUUCUUUAAAGCGGGUGAACGGGCGCACCCCGAUUUUCUAUUCACCGGUAUAGCCCGAGCCUUAGCAGACCGUGACCCGGUUUACCGCACUUCCAUUAUCUCUGCUCUUCGAAAAGACCCUUCUCUCUCAACAGCCCCACUGGCGAAGCAAUUUGAGAACUUGGUGGCUUUGCCUCUCCUCCAUACACCUCCGCCUUCCGGUCAUUCCAUGGUCGUCAUCAUUGAUGCUCUGGACGAGUGUGACAAAACCGCGUUUCUGCCCUUUGCCGAAAUCCUUAGGGAGGAGGUGCCCAGGCUACCAUCUUCCAUAAAAUUCUUCAUCACAUCGAGACAAUUUGAUCUCGUGAAUCGUUUCCUCUCCCCCAAUUACCCUAUCAAUCGACUCACUAUUGAUCUCUUGGAUGAGACGAAUGUGCAGGACUGCGCUACAUACAUAAGUUUCCGGCUUCAAGAGCUGAAGAAAUCGCAUCCAGAGUUACGCGAUAAUCUUCAGGACGAGGACAAAAAAGUGGAGGAGAUUUUGGAACGAGCAAAUGGCUUGUUUAUUUGGGUCAGCACCAUCUUCCGCUACAUGGAGACGAACAGCUACGAUCCUACGAGGACACUGGGGCGCUUGCUCGAUACUGGCACCAAACGUUCAAAAGUCCCUGCCGAGGGAAUGAUGGAUCGCUUAUACACGACCAUUUUGAAAAGGUGUAAUUGGGAAGAUGAAGAUUUUUCACAUGACUACCCAAUUGUGAUGGGAGCAAUCAUUGCUGCGCAGCAGCCUCUGUCUGUCACUGCCUGGGGUGUGAUCUUGUCACCUUUUCUCAAUUCUUCUGUCCGAUAUGCAUUGGCUGAACUCGCUCCUCUCCUCUCGGGGGUCGAUGAUCCUCACAUUCCGAUUCGCACACUACACAAUUCAUUCCGCGACUUUAUUGUGGAUCGGAUCGAUCUCCCAUCCAUCGACCUUGGUUGCGGUCCAGUAGAUUUGAGGACAGAGAAUGCCAGGAUUGCCCUGCGAUGUACUGAGAUCUUGAACCAGGAUCUUUGCUCCGUAGGGGGCCUAGAACUGAUUGAAAACUUGUCCGAAAGAGAUGAAAUGCCGCGUAUCCCUCCAGAGGAGUUAUCUGAACACUUUCGUUAUGCAUGCCGUCAUAUUGUCCAUCACCUGAACGGAGUCCAGCAACCAUCUCAAGAGCUCAAUGGGUCAGUUGGCAUGUUUCUCAGCCAGCAAGCAACUCGCUGGGUGGAAGUCUGUGUGAGAAUGGAGGGCUACAUCAGUAUCUCGUUACUCCCUGAGUGGGUCAAGUUGUCUGUUGACCACAGCUCGAAAGCUGCUGUCGGCGCACUAGCUAAUGUGCUUGCUGAUCUUUCGUGGAAUUUGGUAUUUUUGUCAAGAUUCCAGGAGGCAGAAGAGGCAGCAAGCGAUUCUGUGGUACUCUGCCGCUACCUUUUCUCUGUGGACUCAGUGUCCUACACCCCGCAUUUGUCCCUGUCACUCAACAAUCUAUAUUUGGCUGUUUCCAAACUUGGACGGCACUCGGAGGCACUCCCAUUCAUCGAAGAAAGUGUCAAACUCCGGCGCGAGCUAGUUGCCAUUCACCCAGGAUCAUACACCUUGCAUUUGGCCAUCUCACUCAACAAUCUAUGUUUGGCUCUUUCGAACCUUGGACGGCACUCGGAGGCGCUCCCAUUCAUCGAAGAAAGCGUCAAACUCCGGCGCGAGCUCGUUGCUAUUCACCCAGGAUCAUACACCCCAGAUUUGGCCGGUUCACUUAUCAGUCUAUAUUUUGCUCUUUCCAAACUCGGACGGCACUCGGAGGCGUUCCCAUUCAUCGAAGAAAGUGUCAAACUAUACCGUGAGCUGGUUGCCAUUCACCCAGGAUCGUACACCCCGGAUUUGGCCAUCUCACUAGACAGUCUCCGUGGUGCUCUUUCCAAUUUUGGACGUCACUCAGAGGCACUCCCAUUUAUCAAAGAAAGCGUCAAACUAUACCGUGAGCUAGUUGCCAUUCACCCAGGAUCAUACACCCCGGAUUUGGCCAGAUCACUCGACAAUCUCCGUGGUGCUCUUUCCAAUCUUGGAUGUCACUCGGAGGCACUCCCAUUUAUCAAAGAAAGCGUCAAACUAUACCGUGAGCUAGUUGCCAUUCACCCAGGACCAUAUACCCUGGAUUUGGCCAUCUCACUCAACAAUCUAUAUUUGGCUCUUUCCAACCUUGGACGACACUCAGAGGCGCUCCCAUUCAUCGAAGAAAGUGUCAAGAUCCAACGCCAGCUGGUUGAAAUUAACCCAGGAGCAUACGCCCCACCAUUGGACAAUAUACUCAGGAAUCUACAUAUAGCUCUUUCCCGUCAUUCCGAGGCACAAAUGGUCCACGCUUGAGUGACCCAAGUCCGGUGGUCCACUCAUUUGCCCUUGUCAUUGUGUUUGCCACUUUGCUGCCUGCUCAUGGAGAACAAGUCCUAACAGAGGCAACCUAAAUUUCGGUUGAUCGAAUAAUUACGCCCAUAGCAAAUCACAGUCGCAACAUAGCAAAUCACAGUCGCAACAUAGAAUCUCAAUAUGAAGGAUACUCAUCUCUCUUAUUUGUACUGGUCCAUGUUUUUGCAUGCCAUCAAAGACCCAAUCGAUAGGGUCCACAUCGUCUGCUAUAUUGGUGUGGAAGUCGAAAACUCGUGAAGCAUCACUAUGGGCUAACGAUAUCUAACUCCAAUAUGUAAGAGAC